AUGGGCCCGAAUGGCGAGCCAUCGUCUAAACUGUCAGAGAGAAAGAAGGACGCGCUGGCGCAGGCGGGAAGGCGGAAGCUUGAGGAGUUCAGGCAGCGGAAACGAGCCGCUGUGGCGUGUACAGGGACAGGAGCCAAUGAUAUGCAACAAGAACACGGCACACGCGAUCGGGUGUGCAGACAAGCAACCGUUUCCAGGCGUGUAGCUGGGGAUCGACACGCGAACAAGAAGGUUAUGGGGCUCGCAGAGCAGUCAUGCGAUCGCUGCUGGAGUGCUGGAGAUAUACCAACGCAGGAGAGCAUAGUGCUUUCGAGGAGCUGUAGUGCAACCAGUGCUAGCUGCAGCAGUUUUGAUCCCGAGGGUUCAUCUGAGGAGGCAUUUCCUGGUAAGGGGACUGCUCUCGAAGAGUUCCGCAAAAAGAAAGCGGCAGCGGCAGCAGGGGCGUCUGCGUCUUCCCGAUCAGCAUCUUCAACUACAGCUAAACCAGCAGCCAAACCCAUUUCUGCAGUAAAUCCCCCUCUAUCACAGCAGCCGGUGCCAUCUCGCACAACAGCCGCUGCUCCUCCCGCUAUAGGCCCUCCCGCGUUUCAAUCACAACCACAUUCCUUCGCUCCGACCGCUCUAACAAGACCGAUGGCGCAGCCUGGCUUAGCCCAAGCUCCGGCAGCCUUACCCACGUUUAGAUCCGCCAACUUCGGAUCUCCUCUCACUCCCUUCUGGCAGCAAUCUCAGCCGUCGAUUUCAGCCGCUAACGGCCUCCCUCAUCCUCCGGGGGCCCCAGGUUCUGACGCAGCCAAUGCCGCCGCUCCACCUGUACCGUCGUCCGGGUUUCCCGCUGGGUCUGUCGCCUCGAGGCCGGCUGGAGCGAUGCAGCCGCUCCCGUUUGCGGCGAAGGGACCUCUGGUAACCUUCGCGAAACCAAGCGGGGUUACAGGUCCCGGUCCCGGUGGAGCACCCCCCGCUUCCGCGCUUUUUUCCGGAUCAAGGGGUCCCGCUCAGCCUUCCCUCGCGCGGACGUUUUCCCCCCCGCGCGAGCCUUCUUUUCCCGCGCAACCCGCCUCCCGAUCCGGUCUUGCGCCAGCCCAGCGCGUUGCCCCUCCGCUCGCGCGCACCUUUUCCCCACCCGCGGAAGCGUCUCAAGCGCAGAAGUCCGCCGGUGCGCCUCCGCCUGCCUUCCUUGGCGCGCCAAGCCACGCACUUUCCGCCACCGCAGCCGGUGCGCCUAACGCCGCCAAGCCUUCCCUUCUUCGCCCCGCGCCUGAUGCGCAGCCCUCCCGCGCAUCCCCUCCGCCACCCGCCUUCUCCGCGCCCCCGCCAGUGAAGGUCGGGGGAGGCGCAGACGGCGCACGGCCCCGCCCGGAUUGGAUGGGGGGAGGCUCGAGUCAAGGCAGGGCCGCACUUGCCGCCGGAAUAGGAGCUGGUAGCAGCACGGACAAGAGGGAUGGAGGGGCGGACAGAGACGCAGAGUUACAGAGCAGCGGCGGGCGGAAGGAUAAGGAGGAGGCCGAGGCGAUUACGCGUGACCUGCUCGCCUAUGAGGUGCUGUCACCUGCCGAUAGCGAAUCCAGGCUGCAGCAGGGUCGGCCAGCAGAAGAUUCAAAGGAAGCAGAGAACGAGGCGCACAAUAGACCUGCAGAGGAUUCGCCGCCGGAAGCGAGUAUAGGGAAAUUGCAUGGCAGUGUUGGCACUACAGGUGGUGCUGCUAACGCUGCUGAAUCGUCUGACCCAUCCACUCCCUCAGCCAGCUCAGCGUCUACCUCCCAUGACUCCUUUCAAGGUGCAUCUGCCUCUGCUCUGCCUCUCACUGCUCCUCCUUCUGCCUCUUCUCUUCCUCCUCCUCCUGUGUUACCGACCUUCUUCAACCCUUCAGCACCUUCCGCUGCAGUCCCCAGGCCUGUGGCGAAGCCUGCUCGUGCGUCCUUUCUCCCCUCCGCCUACACCUCCCCGCUCCCCUCCUCCUCCGCUGCCUCCCCUUCCCCCUCCGUCUUCAUCCCCUCCCGCGCGCCCCACCUCUCUGCCCCAGCUCCCGCGAUAGCUGAUGUCAACUCCCCCGUUGCCUCCCUGGUGACGUCAGUCCCAGCCCCCACCAGCCAGUCCCCUGCUGCCCCGGGUCAAGAGGAUACUGGCGAUUCAGACGCCUGCUCAAGUCCUGACUUUUCAUCCAUUCCUGCCGCACAUGGUUCUGAGUCGCUGCGGUUUGCAGCGUCUAGAGGCGCAGAUACAGGUCAAGCGAGCGCUCCUUCUGAUAACCCUCCAUCUGCAUCUGAGUCUGCUUCCGUGCACAGCCAGAAGGAAGACACUCACGAGCAUUCACGAGGCAAUGGUGAUGCCUUCGCGGGUAGUGAACCGGUUUCUCCUAAGGCGCUGCCCCAAGAGGAGUCUUCCGUUGCUGAGAAGCUGAAAUCGCCUGAGAGACCCAAGGGUUCUGCCUUCGCGCGACUGUUCUCCGCUGCUCUUUCCCCGGCCCGGGGAAUGAUGAGGGGCGACGGCGGCAGGGGCAGAGGGAGUGGGAUUGACGCUAGGGUUUCGGAGGGUGAGGAGCAGGGGGGACAGGGAGGCUCUCUGGAGGGGUUGAGGGAGGAGGUGGAUAAUCAAGGAGCAGCGUUAGGGAGUGUGGAUGAAGGAGGGGAUGGAGGAGUAGCGGGAGCAGCAGACGGGGUAGGGGUUUCUAGCCAGGAGGCAGUGAGGCAAGGGCAGGUUCGUACUGGGAGUGAAGCGAGCCGGCAUGAGCUGGAGCAAGAGGGGCGUGAGCCUGCAAAGGGUGGUGAUUUGCGGGGACAGGAAGCAGGGGAGGAGGCGCAGGAGAGAGCGGGAGCAGCGGAAAGCGCGCGAGAGGCCGAGAAAGGGGAGGAGGGAGAGGUGGGCGGCGGGGGUGCGGAUGGUGAGGAGAGUGACGAGGUGGUUGGGCGGAAGAGCGAGGUCCAAAAAGGGGCGGAUGGGGGCCGUGACGGUUCGUCCCGCCGCCGGCCCAAGUCUAUUUCCUCCUGGUGGAAUAUCAUCGCCCCUGCUCCUAGAUCAGAGGAGAGAACAGGAGGAACGAAGGGUGCGGAGACAGGGAAUAGAGAGGAGCACAAGGAGGGACAGGAUGGGGAGGAGGAGGAAGAGGAUUGGGGCGGGGGUUUGCUGGCUGGCAAGGGGAACCUGGGAGGGCAGGGUCUAGGGGGAGGAAAGAGUUUGUCAGCGUCGGAUUUGGUCAACGUGGGGCAGGCUGUGAAAGGGGCGGGUGAUAUGAAGAUGGGGGUUGAUGAUAUGGCUGCAGGGAGGUGGCAGUCGUGGGGUGAUAGAGGGCAAGCCCAAGGCGUGCAUGGUGGGCAGGCGAAAGGUCUGCAAGGGAGGGAGUGGGAGGAGCGGGAAGAGAAGCAGGUGAAGGAUGGGGGUGCGAAGGGGGAGGCGGUAUCUGGGGCAAAGGGGGAGGUGGUGUCUGGGGCGGGUGCUGCAAGAGCAGAGGAGAAAGAGGAGGGGCGCAAGCAGGAAUCAAAAGGAGGGUUUUCAAGACCAUCGUGGUUGCGAGGGCUGAGGAAGCUUGCAUCUGCUGCCACUACUCCCUCCGCCUCCCCUCAGAGAGUCUUCCCUUCUCCCGACCUUGAUCCCUCCUCCACUUCCUCCUCGUCCUCCUCUUCCUCCUCCUCUUCCUCGUCUUCCUCUUCCUCCUCGUUCUCCACUUCCUCCUCUUCCUCCAGCACAAGCACUGUUACCAGUGUUACCACCUCCUCAUCUCCCUCCCUCUUCAACUCGCCUCUCAAACCAGCUGCACAGAAAGAGCUUUCUUUCCCUCGCCUCACUCCAUCCUCUCACCACCCCAGCCUUAACGACUCCCCUACCAAACCCUCCUCUCUCACCUCUCUUCCUCCCAGGCAGUCCUCUGACGAACGUCACCAGCCCUCCUCCUCCCUUGCCUCUGCAUCCUCGCUCCCUGCUUCCUCCUCCGCCCUUUCUCUUGACUCCCCUCACAAGGAAUCAUCCUUGAAUAAUCUCAACGACUCGCCUCGUGCCUCCUCCACUAUUCGCCCCUCCUCUCCCUUUCUCCCCUCCACCACUGCCACUCCCUCCUCCUCUCUCUAUGACUCUCCGACCAAGCCUCUGCCAUCGUCUCUCUUUCCCUCCUCUGCAGCCACACUCUCUUCUCUCUCCUCUCUUUCCUCUCUACCCUACAGCUCCUCCACCCUCUCCUCCUCCUCUCACUCCUCCUACUCCUAUCCCUCCUCUCUCUCUUCACUCUCAUCCUUCCCUACACUCUCUUCCUCUAAAGACGUCCUUAGCGGGGCACUAGGAGGAGGACUAACUACAAAGGACCCUCUUUCAGGAGCCUUAGGCAGUUCUAAAGACGUAUUAGCUGGCGCUUUGGGUGGCAGCAAAGGCCCUUCAGCUGCGACUGCCUUCUCCUCCUCUUCUAUUUUGGGAAAGUAUUCCUUUUCGGCAGCUGCCAAGCCAUCCAUUGCAGCAGCUUACCGCCCCUCCUUCCUUCCACCUCCAUCCUCUGCAACAGGCAGCCAGUCGUCCUCUUUAUCAGCAGGCUCGUUAACAGCAGCAUCGCAGUCAUUCUCGUCCUCUCUUGCAGCACCGGGGCAGCAGUCUUCCAAGGGUGCUGCAUCGAGCGACUUUGCGUCUCUUGAACAGUACAUAGAGGAGCUCACAGAGGAGAAGUUCACGCUGCAGCGGCAGUUAGAUGCAGCUCGCAUGGUGGCCGAGUCCCUGGCCAAGGAGAACUCCGCUCUUACAGACGAUUUCAACCGACAGGCGAAGGGCUUGGAGCAGAUGAGGGAGGAGAUUUCGAAACUCAAGGCGGAGGUGAAAGCGCAGAAGGUGGUGAUGGAGUCACAGGCAGUCUCAAAAGAGGCAGCCCACCAUGAGUCACUGGCAGCCAUUGAGCGAUCGCAGGCGCUGGCAGCAGAGGUGGUGGCGCUGGAGGAGCGGGUGCUGCGGCUGAGGUCGAAUGAGCUGAAACUGGAGAGACAGGCAGAGGGGUUUCAAGCAGAGGCCGAGGCACAGCGGCGUGCUGCAUCAACCUUUGAGGCAGAGAGGAAGGAGCUCCGUGCCGCUGUGGAUAAGCUAAAUGAAGAGAAACGCCAGCUCAAGGUGCAGUUGAGGAGGGCAACAGUGGGCGGCACACUCGGCGACAUGUGGCGGGGCGACAGCACGUCCACGUCUGCAACGCCAGCUGUACCGUCCGUGAGCCAAGCAACUUCAACUGAUGAGCUGGAGGCGGCCUUCCCGAGCCAAGCAGGACCGUCUGCCGAGGCUGGAGUGUCAGACUCGGCAUCUUUUGCUGCCGAGUCAGCCGCAGCUGGCUCGAGCACCGAACCAGCCUCUGGAAGCUCAGCAGGGGUAACAAGGGAAGAUGGAGGCUCGGCCAGACCUUCAGUGGAGGGUGGGGAGGCAGGAGAACAAGCGAGGAGGAGAGAUGAAGAGGGAGAGACACUAGGUGAAGCUGGAAGGAGAGCAGUGGCAGAGGUUCGGGCACUGUUCACGCGAAUGGAAAGUGACGGGCGGCAUAACUUGGAGGAAGUGGGUGAGCAGCUGGUGAAGAUGAUUACUGCUGCUGUUGGGGCGGCAGAGGAAGGUGCUGCUGCUGCAGGUGGUGGUGGGAGGAGGGGAAGAGGAGGCAGGGAUUGGAAGGCAGGCGAAGGGGAAAAUCAGGAAGAGGAGGAAGAGGAGGAGGGAGUGGUGGAUGAUUUUUUGUUGCUGCCCGCUCUGCUGCCCGGAUCGGUGGAUGUUUUGUCGGAGGAAGAGCAGAGGAGUUUGGAGAGUAUUAACGGUCUGCUGGCAGAGAUGCAAGCAGAGAGGGAGCGCAUGGCACGCACACUCAAGGAGGAGGCUGCCACGUCAGCAGAGCUGCGGGCGGCAAAUGAGGAGCUAUCUCACAAGCUGGCGAGUCAGACACAGCACAUGGAGCUGCUGGUGGCUCAAACCGUCAUGGCUGCUGCUUCCUCUGCCUCCCGCUCCGCCUCGGGAUACACGGAGUUCAAUGAUUACCUGGAUGAAGGGGACGAGGUGAGUGCCAAAGGGGACGAGGUGGCUGAGGAGGUGCUUUCAUGGCUGCUGCGGCUGUUCCCUAGUGGCAGACGCAACGGGCAGCCUGUGCAAUGA